AUGCUUUCCACGAUACGGCCAGAGGAUACCAUACGAACACCCCGUUCUUACCACGACGAAAUGGACGAAGACGAAGGGGCCUCCCGCCCUUCGGGUCUAGGCAGUUUCCUUCCCCUGACCAGCGAUACGAUGACAGCCAACGAAGAGGAAGCAGGCCAGAAGUCCAACGGCACGGGGAACGAUGGGAACCCGAAUAACAGCAAAAACCACGCCGGUCCGCGGUUGCUCUCGCAGGAGGAAACAGUCGAGCUUGCCCGUCGAGCCGUGGAGAACGGCAUCCAAGAGACGAAGCGGUCGUUGGCUGGUAGCGAAGCUGUCAGUGAGGUCGUCAAGCCAAAACUGACCAUUGAUCUGGGCCAUUCCAAUGUCGUUCGCAUACCGGAGCCUGUUGUGGAUAUCAUCAAAGAUGAGGUGGAAAGGCUCUCACUAUCAAACAACCAUAUAUUCCAUAUUCCGUACCGCUUUGCGGAGUGCUCUCAUCUCCGCUAUCUCAACAUUCGAGCGAACAAUUUUCGCGAGUUUCCAAAAGGGGUCUACAAGCUGCCUCUACUGGAGAUCCUAGAUCUCAGCCGGAACAAGAUCAGCAAGUUGCCGGACGAAAUCAAAAAAUUGGCAUCGCUCCGCGUCCUGUCGGUGAUGCAGAAUCGCCUUGAUGACUUACCCUUUGGCCUGUCCGAGAUGAGCAAACUUCAAAUCCUCAAGGUAGCUGGUAAUCCUUUGCGCUACCCCUUGCGACGCGUCCUAGAGGCUUCCGAAGCAGAAAUCGCACCAUCAUCCAUGACAGACAAUGAGAAGGAAGUUGCAGUCACUGCAGAAUUGAAACGUUUUCUGAAAACACGGCACCUGAUAUCCACUCCAGAUGCUGAGGGUGGUGGUAGUGACGUGAGUAACAACGAGACAGUUUUAGAUACACCCAAACCUGUCAAACGCGGUGUCAACAGUCGCUUUCCCGUGAUCCCAAGCACGGGUGAUGGGGCUUCGGAUUCCAGGUCACCGUCUUUCUCAAGACCACCCCCGAUUCCUACGAGAUCCCACUAUCGCAUCGCCUCGGGGCAAAGCACUCUCCAAAGCGGUGUGCUGCAACGCCCCGGAAUCGCCCCUCAUCCUGGAUUCAACGAACGCAAUCGGAGUAACAGUGAAGGGAUCAUCCAAGCAUCCAUCGCCGCACGCAGCAAGCGCAUGGGCGUUAUAACGAGAAAAAACACCGACCUUGGGACCUUGGACGAGAUGAGGCCUUACAGAAACAGUCAUCUACGGGGCCUCAGUCACAAUUCAACUCUGAGGAUCAGACCAUCCAAUGCAGCUAGUGGCAGCAGCUCUCCCAGUCCAAGCAGCCCCAGAGAACGCAGACGUCCAAAGGAUGGCUUCGUGAACCGCAUGUCCAGUCUGCCUGAGCAUAAAAAUGAAGUAGACAUGAAGGAACCAUUGAUGGAAUGCGCAAAGGGGAUCCUGUUCGCGCUUUCCCAGACCCAUUUCCAUGUCUCGACUUUGAUCAACGUGAUUCGACGGGAUGAGCCCCGGCGAAACAGCUUGGAGAUCGUUUUUUACAAUGCCUCCACUCAUGUGGACCGACUGAACGAGGCCCUCGAGUCAGCCGAGAGUGCUCAAUCUGAUGAACCAGACUCGGCAAGAGUGCUGAAUGAAGCGGUCAAGCGAGAAUGCGAAACUUGCGUCAUGGCAUACAUACACGUUAGCACACAACUCCGUAAUAGUCUGGAGAAGAUCGUGACAAAUGGUGACUCGCGAUAUGUACGCUCUUUGAUGCUCAUGAUAUACAGCAGCCUGGUCGAACUGCGGAAUUCUUGUGCAAACCUGGGGCCUUUGGCCGAGGUUUGCAAGCGGACAUCGACAGAAAAUCCGCCAAUAUCAGAGAUCAUCAAGGAACCGCCUGAUCUCGAACGACUGGCAGGAUCAACAGUGACACCGACAAGAGAUCAGUUUGUCCCCAUGCGACGUUUCCGAAGUGAUACCACAAUCCAUCAUACGCAGUCUACAGCAGUAGCAGCACCACCAUUACCGUUACCUUCAAUACCUACUUACCAAUCAACAGUCAGUUCGCCCGGCUUUUCUGUUCCACUCACCUACGGCACACGCAGUCGGUCCAGCAGUAGGUCCAACUACCUAAACACCUCUGCCCCUCCUUCGCUUGCUACACCUAGAUCCGGAGAAUCCUUUCCGCCCAUGCCUACGACGGUCGUUCCACGUAUUAACCCGUUGACCGGGUUAGACGAGAUCGAGGAAGAACGAAUUUUCGAGAAGAUCUUCCACCAGCUCACUUCAGCGUACACUGCUGCCCUUCAGGCGUUGCCAUUGGCUCGUCGUCAGUUCGUUCGAUGUCUUGAAGUAGCCGAGCAUGCGCGAGAGUCGGAAGGUAUUCAGAUGCUAUGGAAUAAUCUCAUCCGUCGGUGUCGCGUAUGCUUAGAGGUCUCAGAGGCCCUUGGCCUCCGUCUGUCUAACAUGAAGGUCAAGGAGCCUGGCGGCGGCAUGCGAAACCAGCGCGAAUUUUGGCAAUUGUGCAAGACGUUCAUGCAGUCAUUUGUCGACCUGGUCACAGACAUGCGGGAAGUCAGAAGUAUGCAACUCCUGCCUUCUGAUAUUAUCAUUAUCCUGCGGCCAGUGCAAAAAGCCAGUCGAGAAGCCGGUCGGAUGAUCGAAGCGUCCCCUUGGUCUUUCCUUGCCGACAUGGUUACCAACCAUCCACCAGCUCCUCUGUACGGACCCCCUCUACAAGUCCCCCACUCUCAACAUCAUAUUUCGGCGUCAACAUCUGCCCUCUCCUCAAGUACGCACUCCUAUCAUACCAAUUCGCCUUCUGUUCCUCUUCCUGCGACUCCGCUUAGUGCUGCUCUUGGACCCGCAGCUCAAGCCACUGUUCCUUCCACGCCGGCAAGCGCCUAUAGCGACAAAUUCUUCGAGGGGGACGUCUUCCAGCGGGCCGACUCGUUACUAUCCAUGUCACACCAAACACCAUUCUUCAAUCGCCGAUAA